AUGGCCAGUUCUCACCAAGCAUUGGAAAUCUCAGGUCCCUCCUUCUUCUCAAUUACCGGCAACUCUUUUACAAACAUCACAAAUACACUUCAGAUGCUCAAGAGAUGCAAGGAUCUCACCUCCCUGAUGGUGGGAACCAAUUUCAAGGGUGAAACCAUACCACAGGAUGAAACAAUUGAUGGUUUUGAGAAGCUUCAGGUACUCACCAUAGAUGAUUGCCCAUUGGUUGGGCAAGACCCGCUUUGGAUAUCAAAUCUUGAAAAUUUGGGGAUGCUAGAUUUAUCAUUAAAUCAACUCACUGGACAAAUACCAUCCUGGAUUGAUGGACUGGGCUUCCUAUUCUUCCUAGACAUAUCAAGCAACCAACUUUCAGGGAAUAUACCAACUGCAUUGUCAAAGUUGCCAAUGCUACUAUCAGAGAGAAAUGCUGCCAAGUUGGACACAAGGUUCCUUGAGUUGCCUGCAUUUUGGACACCAUUACGUCAAUACCGGACGGUCGGUGCUUUUCCUAGCAAAUUGUGUCUGGACAACAAUAAUUUCACUGGUGUAAUUCCCCCUGAGAUUGGUCAGCUAAAAAUGCUCGACAUCCUUAAUUUAAGCUCCAACAGCUUAACUGGCGAAAUACCACAAGAAAUCUGCAACCUCACAAACCUGCAAACGCUCGAUUUGUCGGACAACCAGCUCACAGGUGCAAUACCAUCUGCACUGAGUGAUCUGCACUUCCUAUCCAGAUUUGAUGUUUCUAACAACAAGCUAGAAGGGGAAGUUCCAAGUGGAGGACAGUUUGAUUCCUUUUCGAAUUCCAGCUACAGUGGGAAUCCAAAGCUAUGCGGACCUAUGAUCAACAAUGACUGCAACUCAAGACCAUCUUCAGCCUCUGGGAAGCGACGGAACAACUUGCGUCCUGCAUUAGUUAUUGGAAUCACCGCGGGGGGACUCAUUGCUCUCAUUUUGCUUGCAUGCUUCCUUAUUGCAAGGUUAGCAUAUGAUGAUCACACUGAAAAUGUGGUCCCCCUUCGAAGCAGGCGGUGA